ACAAUUCAACAGGCAACAAAGGAAGAGGCCGCGAGCUACACAGUGUUAGCCAACCUAAGGCAGAAAGAUGUCACCUUAUUGUGUCAUUCCAGUCGGCGACAUAAACCCGCACGUUUAGAGGAGAGCCUACCCCGUACUUAGAAACGCUUUGUACUUUCGUUUGGGACACGGAAGCUGGCGAAAGGAAAGGUAACCACAAUGUUUUCGACUGAAAACCUUAACAAAGCUAGCUGACUGGCUGUAGGUAGGAAGCUAACAUGAGCUAAGCUAACAUUAGCGUUAAGAAGCGAUCCUUUCAUGAAGGUGUUAUACCGGAUAAAUCUUAAAACCUUGUGGUGUUUUUGUCACGAAAGCCAAGCAGGGGUAAUCGGGUAUGAGACACUAUAAUGUGCAUGCAUUUACUGAUGUAAAUAAACAAUACAUAUACCCUGAAAGUACAUAUGCUAACAAAUUGGGUAGUAGUUAUUUGAUGUUAGCAUACAAGCAAACCAAUAUGAGUUGAGGUGUCUACUUAAAUGCCUCCUAUAUCAUGUUUCCUAGUCGUUACAUUAACAAUACACCAUUAGAAUUGUAAUUGGAGCAUAUGUUGGUAUGAUAUCGUGUGUAGAGUGAUAAACGUAACAAGCGUUGCUAAGCUAAAGGCAUGCUGUUGUGUCCGUAGGCCUCCCCAGGUCAGGACAUGCUAACGUUGGCAUCAAUGAUACUCACUGUUUGAUUAAAGGGAGUAUUUUGGGUGAUUAUUGUGUAAUGUUCCUGUUAGAAAAUACACUGAAAGUCUAAGGUGUGGGGCCAUUCUCAUGAGUGUACUUUGUAUGUUCAUAGCAUCAAAUGAAAGGAGGUGGAAGUGGAACUUGACCCAUCCAACUGAGUCACCAUUUUCCUGCACAUAAUGGUGAGUAAUCAGAUUGCAGCUGUCUUCAUUAAGAAGCAGCUUUAUUUAGUUACUUAUUUGAUACUGUGUAAGUCUCUCUCAUACCAUUUUCAAGAUUGAUUAAAAGGCAAUACUGUUUAUUUGAUUUAUUUAAGAAUGACAGUGCAGCGCCUGAAGGAUUGUACAGUGACACAUAUUUGACUGUUUGACCCCUCACUGAAUUUGAGUUAAAAGCAGUCGUGCUUUAGGCUAUGUUCACACUAGAGCAUGACACAGGAGUGGAUUUUCACUCCUGUCCCGUCCCACCCCCAGAGAAAAAAUCCUGUCCCGUUCCAAUCCUGGACCGAAGUAAGAAAAUUAAUCCUGUCCUGUCCCACUCCCGUAGAAUGACUCCCACUCCCAUCCCGCUCCCAUUCAAAAUUACUCCCACGCCUGUCCCGCUCCCGUUCAAAUAAAACCAAACAUGUUGAAAAAACAUUGCAUUUUUUUAUUUUAGGUAAAAGUGCAGUGCAUACUAUGCAUAAAUAAACAACGUUUUUUUCUGUAAAAGUGGCAGCCAAGUCGCUUUUCACUUCCGGUGGUGACAGGAAAUCAAACCACUGUUGUGGUUCUUUUGUGGUGCUAGCGCGGUCAAGAGUGUUGGCUCUCAUUGAGAGAUGACUACAAAAAUGGACGCAUCUGUUCAUCUGGUUGUUUAACACGUCUGAAAAUGAUCAUCUGUUAAUGUUGUUCUCGCUCCUGCCCGCCUGUCGCUUUUUUUCCCAUCCAGUCCCGUCCAGAUCACGGGAUUAAUUAAAAAAUGACUCCCACCCCGCGAGAAUCAAGGGACCCACGGGAAUUCCCGAAAAAUGUCAUCCUCUAGUUCACACUGCAGGUUGAUUCCGAUUUUUUAACCAUAUGUGACACAUUUCUGAUUUUUUUCAUGUAAGUGUGAACAGUGCAAUUAAGAUUUUUUUCAAAUUUGGCCCAGGCCUCUUUUGUAUGUGGAUAUAAAUCGGAAAUGUAUGCGAUGUACCUGCAGUGUGGAUGCUCAGGCACGUUCAUCCGACAUAUACGUCAACAAUAUGCGACAAAUGUCACCAUUGUUCGACAACACAAACAGGCGCGGAAAGCAAUUUGUGCUUUGUGCGCAUGUGGGUCACUUCACGGACGCAUUCCGUUCACAUUAGGUGCUGCAUUUGUUGCUGUUGUAAUGUGAACAACUGCACAAAAAGAUCGGACUUAACAAAAAUUCUAAAUUGUGCAUCAUAACCUGCAGUGUGAACAUAGCCUUAGUUCUAGUUUUACUUCAAAUACCAUCUGGAGGUGUUCACUCGCAUACUCAGAGCAGUGCAGGGACUGUAGCCCUUUUUAUACAUGAUCCAUUUAAAGUCAAUAAUGCAGAAGGGCAGGGUUCCUAAGUACACAUUCAAAGAGUUUUAAGGGAGAGCAGCCGCAGCAAAGCUUGACACGGGGAAAUACCAAUCAUCUGUUGACGUCUGUGGAUCAACAUCCUAGUGAAGUCGAUGAAACACAGGAUUUUGGUUCAAAAACUUCAGGUUAUGACUUUCUUUAUUUGUGUAAUAAUUCUUUUAAUCUUGGAGGGCUUUAAUGAGGGAAAUAUACAUUAAGAAUGUUUGAGAAAGAAUGUUUUCUCCCUCUAAAGAAGCCUUAAUAUUCAUUUUAACUUUAGUGAGCAGUUUAGAUUGAAGAUGAUCAGUGGAUUAACAGAGUACUUCAAUAUUUGUUUGUUUUUUUGCUUGAAUGAAUAGUUUUUUAACUUGAAGAAGAGAGAAGACAUUAGAAUUAAGGAAGAUAUGUUUUCCUUUGUUGUAAGAAAUUUAAUCAAUAUUCCAUGAUGAAAGUAAAUACAAGGGAUUUUUUUCAGAGCCAGUACCAUGAUUUUUUUCCCCAUCUCACUACCUGGGGACUUGUUUUAUUCGCUGUAAUCCACUGUGCUGUUUUUAAUUUAUUUUUCCGUGAGCUGUGUGUUACCCCUGAUUUUAUAUAAAUCAAUGAAGUGCCUAUUAAUAACUCAAUACUUGAAGCAUCAUGUUCAAAUACAACAGGCGCAUUUUCAGAACUAAACAGAUUAUCUUUAAUCUUAUUUGUUUUUCAUUCUGCAGGGAUUGAUGACUCCACUGUAUGCAUGACUUGUUUGGUGUGGCCUGAUGGGAGGACACUGUGGAUAGUACUUUCAUCGGGAUACCAGGAGAGCCAUCCCAUGCCCCCGCUUUGGAGGGCCUGUCAGAAUGAAGAAGUUAAGCCUUAAAACCAUCCGCAAGUCCCUCAGCAUAAAGGGCAAAGAGGAGGGUGACUUUGUCAUGCUCCAGCAGCCCUCAGUGACAACAGAGUUUUCAAAGGAAGAGUCACUUUUUGGGGGCUGCUACACCAAAGAGCUUUCUGGCUGCGACCUCGGCGGCGAGGAGGACAAAGGGGGCCAGAAUAAGGGCCGCUCAAAGAGUGAGGGCCUGAUGGGAUCACUGAAGAGAAGGCUGUCUAACAAGCAGAAGGUGAAAGUAAAAGGCAGCUCCUCUGCCAUUGGCUCAGUGGAUGAUGAUGACACUUUCUCAUCCUCAUCUGUGCCCAUCAGCUUCAAUGAGGUGAAAGCCCAGAGACCCCUUAGAUCUUCAUCUCUACGUAGUCACCAUUACAGCCCCUCGCCAUGGCCUCUGCGAUCAGUUAACUCUGAUGAGGCCUGUAUAAAGAUGGAGGUAAAAGUAAAAGCCAUGGUUCAUUCCCCAAGCCCGAGUCCCAACUUGAAUGGCGUCCGGAAAGAAUUUCAUGAUUUCCAGAUGGAAGGGCUCUUUCAGGACCAAGCAGAAUCCUUAAAGAAUCUCCAGCAGCCACAAAACGGUGAGCUGCAUCUAAAUAUAGAUGACAAUGAUGUGCCUGACGUGCUGGGGUUGACUCCCCAGGACUACAUCCAGUACACAAUGCCUUUAGAUGAGGGAAUGUAUCCAGAAGGGUCCCACUCCUGCUGCCUGGACGGCUCCUCUCCUAUGGAGGUGGUGACUGAAGCAGACAAUGCAUCCCUCCACACGGACCAGGGACAGGAGGAGCAUGAACUGGUUAGUGGGCUGCCUCCGGAUCUCUUCAUGGAAACCUCAGUUAACAGUCUUCUCAUCGGUUCUGCUGGUGUGAUGCUCCAAAGCUCGAGAGUAGAGGUCCCACCUCCGCUCUCUCCCCUCCUGCCACCCAUCACGAGUAACGGACAUAUUCCCAGGACUUUUUCAGGGUUCAGCUCUACAGACAGCCAGGUAGCCGAAAGGGUAAGACACCAUCUUAACUUCGACCCAAAUUCAGCACCCGGGGUCAGCCGGGUGUACGAUUCAGUCCAGAGCAGUGGGCCCAUGGUGGUCACCAGUCUAACGGAGGAGCUGAAGAAGCUGGCGAGGCAGGGCUGGUACUGGGGCCCCAUCACACGCUGGGAGGCCGAGGAGAAGCUGAUCAACUUGGCCGACGGUUCAUUCCUCGUGAGGGACAGCUCAGAUGACAGGUACCUGCUCAGCCUGAGCUUCAGGUCACAAAACAAAACCCUGCACACCCGCAUCGAACACUCCAACGGACGCUUCAGCUUCUAUGAGCAGCCUGACGUGGAAGGACACACGUCCAUCGUUGACUUAAUUGAACACUCUAUCAAAGACUCGGAGAAUGGAGCUUUUUGCUAUUCCAGGUCUCGCCUACCAGGGUCUGCAACCUACCCUGUCAGACUAACCAACCCAGUGUCUCGGUUUAUGCAAGUGCGCUCACUGCAGUACCUAUGUCGCUUUGUCAUCAGACAGUACACAAGGAUAGACCUGAUCCAGAAACUGCCCUUACCCAACAAGAUGAAAGAUUAUCUGCAGGAGAAGCACUACUGAGGACACAGAUGAGACAGUGGUAGCAAUUUGCACUUUUGUGUUCAGUUAAGAGAUUUAAACAAGGUUUACAGACAACCACAGUUCAGAGAUGUUCGCUUCCAGUGGCUCUUGAUUUGUGUCCAUGUGACUCUGUCACUGUUCAGUCCUCCAUUCCACUGUUCUGUUUUUUUUUCUUCUUUUCGUUCACUGGUUUAAGGAGGCUUUACUUCCAGAUAAGUAGUCCAGCACAUAACCUACUGCAAAAAUGAAGCAGAGGUAUACAGCCAAGUUAUCUCAGUUGUUUCGUAUCAGAUGUGCGUUGUGACGUAUGUUUAGGCGAAAAACAUCCAGCUCCGCAAAUGGAGCCGAUUCCUCUGAAAUAUUGCCAAGUUAAAUGAAGCUCGAGAUAGAAAAAUAAUAUUCUACUCUAAAUUAAAAAUUUAAACAAAGUUUUAUCCACUGAAUUCCACAUUUCAAAGUUUAUUUCAAGGAUGGAAAAGUAUUGAUAAAAUGAAAAUUUGAUAUCUGAUUAUCAGCUUCCAGCAGACUGACCAAUGAUGAUCAUCUUUUGCUUUCAUGACUUGUCAAACUAAGUGUUGUUAGCAUAUUUCAGUAUGACAAGACAGCAGCUUAGAACUUGAUUUUAAAUUUAUACUAUGCAAUUAGUCAAAAAGUAAGUCUGGGUUCCGUCGUAUAUCAAGUAAUGAGUAUUUUUUGUUGACAAGAUAUUCACUAAUUGACAUACUACACUACUCAUCUAUUAGAUGCAGUCUCUUUGGCUUUAGACAGCCAACAAAACAAAAAUUGUAAUGCUUCAUUUUGCUUGUACUUGGGCAGGCUGUUGCUUUAGGUUUUUUUCUGAUUGUAACGUACAGCUGUGCUUCUGUAAAAAUUUAAAAUCCUUUGAAAAUCAUCAAAGAUUUUUUAGGUCUACUACAUAAACAUGUUGCUGCAAAGGAUGUCCAAAACACGCCAGUCUGUGAGAAGCUUCAUACAGUUUGGUCAAGAGUGGAAUAGCCUUAAAUCGUAUGGCUGCAUGUGAUCAUACAAUGCGGAAGCCUAAAGGUACUUCAAAUGCUGGAUUUUAAGGUGCUGUUGUAGAAACAGCAUCACAUUGAUGUAUAAACUUUAUAAAAACAUGUUUAACAGUAAACAUGAAAUCUUUCUGCAUUCGGAAUGUUGCAAAAACUGCACCGCAGCUCAGGCCUAACAACUCUGUCACUGUCUGUAAUGCUUGUAUCUGCAUGUAGUAAAGGCUUUAAGACUGUCAGUUAAUGGCACUGUAGAGUUACUCUUAAUGAGAGAAGAUGUCACUGUAAAAAGGGUGAACGGUUUUGGAUGUGUUGUUUUAAAAGAGCAACUCCGAGUAAAAAGCUGUUGAUGCACAAUUGCAUUAGUAAGAAAAGAAAAUUCCCCUCAAUUAACCCGAACUGAAAAGAAAAAGAAAGACCUCAAGUCGAUUGAUUCCUGCGUUUGUACGUAAGAACAGCUGGUUCACAGUCUGUUAAUGCCUGCAUUUAGCUGGACCCAGAUCAAAAGAAUCCCAAAAAUGGUGUGAGCUUAGGUGAAAGGACUUUGGAAAGCCAGGGUUAAGUCCUUACCGCCAUCUUGGAGCAUAGCCAGAGUUUCAGCAUACAACUAAGAGUUCCAUCCAAGCUGCUGCAUGGCUACACUGUUAGCAUUACAUGGGCUUAAAGGACAAGUAAUGAAACGGUCUAUUCCUGUUCUUUUCAUAUUGUCCCCAUAGAGCUGCACUACCCCUCAGACUGUCUCUACGUGGCUUUUUGUGCCAGAUUAAAGGGAAGAGCACACAGUAUGCUACGCAAGUGCUUUAUAUGGAUACAAUGACAGGGAAUUGUGUUUUCACAUUAUGAAUGAGCAUCUUUUUUGACAUCAGUGUCCUUAAAAGUAUUUGGAAAAAUGGUCUCUCGGACAACUUUGGUAGGUUGUUAGCGCAUAGUUCUAGUUUUAGUUAGUGGGAAAUGUUGGCGUCUGAGGGAGUUUCCAUGAGUCUAGCACAGCAAAAAUUAGAUAGGAACUUUGAAUGGUGUUGCAUGUUUAAAGAUUAGCAUUAAAAGCUUUGAGUUGUAUAGGAAUGAAGGAUCUAGGUUACGUGUGUUGGCCGUGUAGAGGGAUGUUUAUUUUCUGUCACAAAACAUUUGCUGGACAUUCUGUGUACAAGAAAUGUAUUUUUUCUGUUUUAGGAUCUUUAUGUGAGUUCGUUAUUUGUGACAUUUGCCAUCUGGGGAAUGGGGCUGUACAAAAGGAAUGUACGCUUGUUUGAGGUUUCCAUUUUCUCUGCCUGCAGAACAGUUUCAGAAAGCAUGAGAACCAGAAAAAAACCGACAUUGACACAUUUUUGCACUUGAAUAUUCUCCAUUUGACAUGCUUGGAUCCUCUCCUGCCUAGAGUUGUCCUUCAGAUGGCUGUUUUAAAAAAAAAAAGAUUAGUCACACAUUUGUCCUUAUGUGUUCAUACAACUUAUUUUUCGAUUAUAUGGUUUUGUUAGUGUCGUAUCUGUGGGAUAUUAAGGGUAAGGCACCAGCAUCAUAUCAAAGCCUCUGCUAAUGCUCUAUUUGGCUGUCAAGGAAUGGGAUCAUGGCAACAAUGUGGAUGUAAAUUUACUUUUUGGGUGUGUGUGCGUGUGUGUGUGUGUCUCAGUUGAAAUGUGAAAGUAAAAUGUUAGUCUCUUUUAAUACAACUGUAUUUCCAUUUUAAUUUGCAAUUUGUCAACCGAUUUUGACACGCAGGAACCAGUUUCAUAUGGCGUUGCUGCUGUGAUUUUUCUAAAUACUUAUUUAGUUUCAUUAUAAAGCAUCAUUGCGUUCCAGAGGUUGAUGCUUGUUCAGACUGCUGAGGCGUUUUGAGUUUAUAACAGCUGUUUAGCACUUAACAAGCUCCAACAUUUUCUUUUUUUUUUGCAUCUCGGUGAGUGAAGGUGAUUGUUUACAGCAUUAUGUUUGAAAAUGCCCCUCCCCCCCCCUUAUUUUGUUUUAUUUUAUUUUUUUUAACCCUCUCUCACAUGAACAUCUUGGUACAAUUUGAAAUCUUUUUUAAAAAAUUCAUUUAAUGUGUUCUACACAUUUGUGCUGCUUAUGGAUAUGAUUGCCUUUCUUGUAUUUAACAGCGGGGGGGAAAUCGAAUGUCACCAAUGUAGAAGUAUGUACACGUUAUGACUUUGGUUUUCAUCUUGGGAGAGCAGAGCAGAUUUGCAAUGUGUUAACAACCUUAGUCAGUGAAAAGAGCAUUAGUAGCGAUUAGUAGACCCUCUGUAGAAUAACCAGUUCACUCCAGUUUACAUUGGUUGUCAACUUUCCAAAGUAGAUGGUCUUUUUGUAUUUUUUUCUUUUGGAAAAAAAAUCAACAGUGAUUUUAUUGCACACUUUGGAUACAGUUCAAGAGUUUUUGUAUCUGCCAAUUAUAAAUUAUAAAUAAAAAACUAUAUUCUAAAAA